AACUUGAGAAAGGCGUCCGUCUACUUGUCUUUUAAUUUAUCUGCUCCGGAUCUCUCUCUCUCUCUCUCUCUCUCUCUCUACAUGUAAGACUGGUGAUUGUUUUUUAGGCGGGGAAAAUGUCAGGAAAAGGAGCGAAAGGGCUGAUAAUGGGGAAAUCCAGCGGCAACGACAAGGACAAAGACAAGAAGAAACCCACUACUCGCUCUUCUCGUGCUGGUCUUCAGUUUCCAGUUGGGAGAGUCCAUAGACUAUUGAAAGGAAGGUCAACCGCUCACGGACGCGUUGGCGCAACCGCAGCGGUUUACACAGCCGCUAUUUUGGAGUAUCUAACCGCGGAAGUCCUGGAGCUGGCUGGUAACGCGAGCAAGGAUCUGAAAGUGAAGCGUAUCACACCGAGGCACUUGCAGCUCGCUAUACGCGGUGAUGAAGAGCUCGAUACUCUCAUCAAAGGAACGAUUGCUGGUGGUGGUGUCAUUCCUCACAUUCACAAGUCCCUCAUCAACAAAUCUGGCCAAGAGUAGCUUUUGUCUCCGUCUCUCGAACCUUUUUGCUUAAAUAAUCGUUUCUGUGUUAAGACAUUAGUAGAGAGAAAACUCUUGGGAGAUUGUUUGUUUUGUUAAAGACUCACGUGUGACUUGUUGCUCGUGUUUCUGAUUAAUGUUUUGGUGUUUGUUCAUAUGAAAACAGUUGCAUAAGUUUACUAUUCUUUUUU